AUGGACUGCAUAACUACAGUGCAGUAUACAAUAGCAGUCAAUGGGGGAUUGUAUGGGAAUAUAAAAGGAGAAAGAGGACUUAGGCAAGGGGACCCAAUAUCCCCAUUGCUUUUUGUUAUAUGCAUGGAAUAUUUCACGAGGAUAAUGAAUGUAGUAGCACAGCAGGAGGGAUUUGGGUAUCACACCAAGUGUAAGAGCCUGAAAUUGAACCCUCUCUGUUUUGCAGAUGAUGUACUGCUAUUCAGUAAGGGGGAUUUUCAAUCAGUGCAUCUGUUAUUGAGAGGAUUGAAAACAUUCUCAGAACGCUCAGGCCUAACUACAAAUGCAAGUAAGUCAAAUAUCUUCGGUGUCAAUAUGCCAGUCCAAAGCCAGAAGGAUUUGAUGGAAAUGACAGGAUACCAGAAAGGAAACCUACCAUUCGGAUAUCUUGGAGUGCCUAUAUCAGCUAAGAGAUUAUCUAAAAUGGACUAUGAAAUAUUUAUGGACAAGAUAGCAGCAAGAAUUAAAGGGUGGGGUACAAGGCAUCUAUCCUAUGCAGGGAGGGUGCAGUUAGUCAAUUCAGUACUACUACACCUACAUAGCUACUGGUCAACCAUUUUCCUGCUACCAAAGCAAGUGAUUAAGGGAAUAACAGCUAUGUAUAUGAACUUCAUAUGGGAUGGCGAAGUAGUCACACACAAGCCAUCAUUAGUGGCAUGGGACUUAGUGUGUAGGACUAAACAAGAAGGAGGGCUGGGGAUAACUGACAUCAUAAAGUGGAAUGAAGCUGCAAUAGCUAAAUAUAUAUGGAAUAUUGCUCAAAAAGCUGACAAUCUAUGGGUGAAACGGAUCAAUAGUGUCUACUUAAAGGAGAAGAACUGGUGGCAGUACAAAUGCCCCAAUGAUGCAUGUUGGUAUUGGAAGAAAAUCUGCAUAAUCAGAGAGGUGUUUGCUCCUGGAUUUAAUCAGAACUUAUGGAGAAACGCCAAUGGACAGUACACAAUUAAGGAAGGGUACAUAUGGAGAAUGGGAGAAAGGAAAAACUGGCCAUGGAGAAGAUAUAACAGGGAUUUGGAAGAGAAUGACCAGAUCAAUCAAAGGGAAGAGUUGCAAGGAAGUUGUCAUUGCUAUACUGGCUGCCCUAGUAUACUGGAUAUGGAAGGCUAG